CUAAUCAUGUCAAGAACACGCCAAAUACAAUUUCGGAAAUAAUCAACAGAUCGAAAUGGACACCAGUAGUUAUUACGAAGCUGAAUCGGCGAGAUAUUGAUCAGUAACUAACAAUAGGCGAGUGUGUCUGAAGCGACUAGCUCAUAGGCAGUAUCUGUGGACUAACAUGCUGUUAAUGGGAAGAGGACAGAAAUGAUCUCGUCCGAGAAGGAUGCGCCGCCAUCACGGUCUGGAUUGGUGGCUCGACUUGUGCUGACCUUUUUAGUUGGAACUGGGGUUCAGCUGGUCAAUGCUCGAACUAGAUUCCAACGGCAGGAUGCUGAAAGUCCCAAUCGGUUGUUAUACUGGCCGAAUGGAACUAUUCCAUACACAUUUCCAUCAACAUACACGGAGACACAGCGGAAUACCAUACGCGUAGGAAUGGCACGUUGGGAACAACAGACAUGUAUCAAAUUUGUACCAUGGACUGACGAAGUACAAGAACACAUGGGAACAAUUCGCUACCUUAGAUUUCUGAACGGCAUAACAUGUUUUUCCAGAUAUGGUUUGAACCGAGGUCAGCCUCAGUCGAUCUCGAUUAACGACAACUGUAUGGGUAUAGACACGAUUAUCCGUGAGCUAGGUCAUGCCAUAGGGAUGUUACAUACGAUGGAACGUAAUGAUAGGGAUACCUACAUCACUGUUCAGUACGAGAACAUUAUCCCCAGUUACCGAUGGAAAUAUAAGACGGCCGCCAUGAAGGGGAAAAUAUACCCCUAUUACGGAACCCCUUAUGAUUAUAAAAGCAUCAUGCAUUAUGGACCAAAGUACUUAUCCUCUAAUGGGAAGCCCGCCAUGUUAACUACAGACGCCGCCUAUCAGGCUGUUAUAGGUAAAGCUAAGACUGUCAGCUACUAUGACGCCGUGUAUGUAAAUCGCGCAUACAACUGCGCAGAAAGAUGCGAGUUUAAUGGUCUACGCUGUGAAAAUGGCGGGGUGGUUGGUGGUUCCGCAGACCGGAAGUGCUCCUGUUUAUGUCCAGAUGGCUUGAUGGGUGAAUUUUGUGAGACCCCCGUGCCGGGAUUUCAACAUAUCGUGAGGUGGGACUGUGGUACAACUUGGGACUAUGCCAAUGGAAACUGUUACCAGUUUUUCCCUUCUGUAGCCGUGGAUUAUGCUAUAGCAGUUGAUCUGUGUGCAAACCAUGGAGGAAACGUUGUAUCAUUUAAAAGCACUGAAGAAGUGAAAUGGCUUAAGACGAGAAUUGACGAGAAUUUUAUUAUGACGCCGUUGGCAAGUUUCUGGGCAGGUGUAAAACGAAGGGCAGGUGAGACAGAUUACCUGCUUCCUGACCUCUCCGUGUUUGAUGCAAGUCUAAUGCCACUUCACGAGCUAGGUACUAGUGACACGGAUGGAUGUGCCACAACCAAUGGUCAGUCUCUGAUUAUAGGGAAUUGUGACAUGAAACCCGACAACGGUGUCAUCUGUAUGAAACCAUUCGAUGCCAGAUGUGGAGGACGAUAUCGCCUAACUACAGCCUCUGUAUACAUACAAUCCCCCGGGUUUCCUGAUGGAUAUCCCGCUUCAACGACCUGUCAGUACGUAUUUCAGGCAAAUAGCGGCAUGAAAAUUGAAAUCAUCAUUGACAGUUUCGAUAUUUUGGAAUCCACCAAUUGCGGGAACGAUAACUUAGAAGUUCACUUGACAAGCAACGUAACAGAAAGAGGUCAAAUAUAUUGCGGUUCGUCCUUGUCAAACAAAACUUUAAUAUCUGAGGGCACUCUGGCCAUUUUAACUUUCAAAAGUAAUUCCCGGGAUUUCGGACAAGGGUUUACAGCAACAGUCCGAGCAGUCCCCUUGAGAGACGAUUCCAACAAUGUAGAGACCGAUACCCGCAAUUCUGUGUUAGGUGGCUUCAUGUUUGACAAUGACAGUAACGAUACAACGACAGAUUCACCGGAAAUACUAGAUACGCAUGCGUCUUUUCUUCAAGUGUUAUGGAAUAUGUUUAGUUCUUUUACAGUGUCAUCUAUACUUUAGUGCUGUAUUUCAAAGUAUCUGGAAACCAAAAAUGCUUUUUGCUAGAUGAUACGUAAAGCUAAUGUCCACAACUGAUGUUUCAUAAAUAUCAUGCUUGGCUACUUCCAUGGCCUCAAAAACAAAGACAGUCAUAAAACAAGAAUCAAUAUAGAUUCUUAUUUUAAUCUGAUAUCUUUACAAUGUCAUUCCUAUUUUUGUUAAUAAAGAAUUCAAUAAAUCUGGGAAGUAUGGAA